AUGUGCUACGGCAGAUGCGCGGGGUGCAUCGGGCAGUCUCUGUUGUGGCUUGCCAUCUUGUGCAUCGUGGCUAAUCUUUUGCUGUAUUUUCCUAACGCGGAGACAAUACAUGCCACUGAACAACAUCUCAGCCGGUUCGUGUGGUUUUUCUCUGGCAUUUUUGGAGGAGGCUUGCUGAUGUUGCUGCCUGCAAUGUUCUUCAUGGGAGUGGCUAAUGAAAACUGCUGUAGCUGUGGGGGCAACAAAGAAUGUGGCCAGAGCUGUGCGAUGCUUUCUUCUGUACUGGUUGCACUCACAGGACUUGCAGGAUCUGGCUACUGUGUCAUCGUGUCAACCCUGGGCUUGCUGGAAGGACCAUUAUGUCGGGAUUCCUAUGGCCACUGGAGCUAUAUCUUUUCCAAAACCAACGGAGAAUACAUUACAGAGAGCUCCACAUGGUCCCAGUGCCUUGAACCCAAGAAUGUUGUAGUUUGGAAUGUCUCUCUAUUUUCAAUCCUCUUGGGACUUGGUGGACUUGAAUUCAUCCUGUGUUUCAUUCAAGCAAUAAAUGGAUUCAUUGGAGGCAUGAUUGGCUGUUGCUGUGCUCACCGUCAACAGAUAACUGCUAAAAGAACUACCCCAAGAGGGAACCAUAAUCUUCUUCUAUUUCAUUGUAAUUUAUAUAUUUUACUUGUGUUUAUUUGUAGAACUUUCCAGUAUCUCAUAGGCUACAUAGCCUGCAUUUAUAAAUGUGUCUUCAUACGAUCAUAG